AUGAAUUUAAACGAAGAAAACCUCUAUAGUUCAUAUUUAAAUGAUCUUGUUUCGAAUAAGAAACCAGCUGAUAUAAUAUCGUUCGGUAACUUACCACGACUAUUAAGAUUCAAAACAAUGGUAGCUUUGCCAAGUAAUCAAAAUAAUGUGACUUCUACAAGGAUCGAAGGUCCGUACUUAAAAACAUAUGAAUCUAAUAAUGUGUUGCCAACCCCUUUGAGCUCUUUUGUAGAAAGUAUUUAUCCUCUAUCAGAACUCAACGAUGAGAUUAUUCAAGAUAUUAACCCAUAUCAAUUUCGGACACAUCAAGAUAUGCAAGAACAACGACAACCACCACAAUUACCUUUACGAACAUGCAAUUCAUAUAAUUUUGAAAAUCCAUACUCUCUGAAUUUAACAAUACCAAAAGUACCAGAACUUAAAACAAAUUUCGAGGAAGAAGCUAAUAAUCUUACACGUAGAAUAAUGACUGGUAAUUUAAAAACUGAUCAUUCUGAUGAAAACUAUUCAAAUAAACUUCUUAUCAAACAAAAAAUAACUUGUGUUGAAGACUUAAUUAGAAAGAAACGGUCAAAAAUCAUAAAGCCUAAACCUCCAAAAAGACCGUACAGAAAGAAAGCUCUUAGCAAUACUGAUAAAGCUGUCUUCACCAAUAAGAUACAACAUGGUAAAAACAAUCUUCAACUUUUAGAAGAAACCAAUAUUCAAAUGAUUAACCAACCCAGUACAAUAGCUAGCACAAAUAUUGAUGACAAUUCAAACUUGAAAUUGAGUAUAGACCCUACUAAUGACAUCAACAUUGAUGCGUUAUUUGAAGAUAAAUUUAUAGAAUCGACCAAAUUCCAAGACUCUAGUCCAACAACACUAGACACAUCGUUAGACACUUUAUUAGUUAGUAAUACUUCACUACCGAUGAAUCAAGAAGUUGAUCUACAUAUAUCAUCACUACCCACAACAUCUCCAGAGUUUUUUCCACUGAACAUCCCCCUUGAUACCACACCAAUAGAUAAAACUUUUGAUAUUACAACAAAUGACACUUUUACGUCAAAAAGUUGUGAUAUUCUUCUAACUCCUUCCUCUGCAGAUGACCAUGUCUCAUUAGUGGAACAACUUAAGAAUGAUCGUCCUUUAUUUGAAGCCAUCUCAAAGAAACAAAAAAGAGGUUUCUAUAAAUGUGCACAUUGUCCACAAACUUUUCCUAAUUUAAUGGAAUAUGCUGCACAUAUGGAUGAGUUUAAUAUUAAACGUGAAUUUAAAUGCCCGUUUGCAUUAUGUCCUUGGAAGAUUCUUGGUUUACCUAGAAGGUCUGACUUGAGAAGACACUGUGCCAUUCAACAUAAAGAUGAACUACAGAGUGACUUAAAAAGUUACUUAAAUCUAAAAGAUGAAGCAUAUCCAACGAUACUUUGUCCAAAUGAAUAUUGUGGCAAAGAAUUCUAUAGAAAAGAUGCAUUUAAUAGACAUGUAGCCAUUGUCCACGACAACAAUAAUUCUAGAUUUAACAGGAAAUUAGCUAUUCUUUUGCAACAAUGUCCAGAUGAUCUUACAAAGAGGGAACAAAUUAAAUAUAUAAAGGAAAAUAUGAACAAGAAAAUUGGUAAGACCAAAAAAUGA